CAAAAAGUGGGAAUGUGGAUUGGGCAGAAUUUGUGAUUAUCUUGUACAGCCUCACUCUUACUCAAAAAGCUCUUCCGCAGCUUUGGAUCUUUUAUCUGUUUACAGAACAUGAGAGUUCUUCAAGCUUCCAACAUCUACGGUGUUGGUUUUGGUAUUCCAUCCAUUUCUACUCGCCCUAACUCUUCUUAUCACCGCCAUGCCACUAUAGCCACAGGGGAAGCUUUGGCCAAAUCAGCUCCAAUAGAAAGAAAGUUCUCGGAGCAGCAUUCUUUGAAGAAGGGAGAUAUGGAGAAAGAAGGAAAUUCAGUUGUUCUCGAGAAAAAAGAUUUUGCAGUUCCAAGGAGAAAGGCUAUGACCCUGAUACUCUCCAGUUUUGUGCUCUCAAAUUAUGAAUUGCCAAAAGUUGCAUAUGCUCAAUCUGUUGAGUUCAGGGAAUAUAUUGAUACCUUUGAUGGCUAUUCGUUUAUGUAUCCUCGAAAUUGGAUUCAAGUGCGUGGUGCUGGUGCUGACAUAUUUUUCAGGGAUCCUCUUGUUUUAGAUGAAAAUCUCUCAGUGGAGAUAUCAUCACCUUCAUCCUCUAAGUACAAAAGUGUAAAAGAUUUGGGUCCACCAGAAGAAGCUGGAAAGGGAGUCCUUAAACAAUAUUUGACUGAAUUUAUGUCAACUAGACUUGGUGUCCGACGUGAAUCAAGUGUUCUUUCUACUUCAUCAAGGGUAGCUGAUGAUGGGAAGCUGUAUUAUGAUGUUGAGGUGAAUAUCAAGUCUUACGCGAACAAUAACGAAUUGGCUGUUAUGCCACAAGAUCGAGUUGCUCGUCUGGAAUGGGACAGGAGAUACCUUUCAGUCCUCGGAGUGGAAAACAACUGCUUAUAUGAAUUGAGAAUACAAACACCUGAAAAGGUAUUUGUCCAGGAAGAAAGUGACAUUCGUGCAAUUAUGAACUCCUUCAGAGCAAAUAAGAUUGCAGCUUGAUAAACUUUGUUAAAGACUCGAAAUGAUAACAUGGGAACAUUGAUGUCUGUUUAGCUGUUGCUUUUUUCUCCAAAUUGUUAUUGCAUAGCUUUUGUCUUGUUCAGUGUUAAUUCUCUAAGUGGAAACUAAUUGACCUGAUUAUUACGGAACACCACUUCAGUA